CCAGCUGACCAAUCACGGCAUGUUUACACUCAGAGCUCAUGGCGGCGUCCCUAUACAAGUUGAUUUAAAAUUUGUAUGACAACUUUGUGGGUUUGAGUUAAUUACGUCGUGAAUAUUGUGUCUUGGAAAUGUCAGAUAAGGUAGAAAAGAUCCUUGUUUCUGGAGAUGUUGAUGGAAAUUUUAACCAGUUGUUUAAACGUGUUUCAAAUGUUAUCCAGAAAAGUGGGCCAUUCUCCAUGUUACUCUGCGUAGGAAACUUUUUUGGCUCGGACAACUCUCAGUGGAUGCAGUACAAGAAUGGUGUUGUUAAAGUUCCUCUGCCGACUUACAUUUUGGGACCUAAUCAUUCGGGGGUCACCAAUAAUUAUCCAGACAUGAAGGGAUGUGAACUUUGUGAAAAUAUUAUAUACCUGGGUCCAAGUGGCAUCUACCCGUGCAGCAGUGGGCUGAGAGUAAUGUACCUCAGUGGCAUGCAGGCAGACGUCAAGAAAAAGAAUAAUACCACCUUCAUCAUGGAUAAUAUUCUUGCACUUGAAACUCAAGCUACUAAUAAACCAGCUAUAGACAUACUCAUCACUAGUCAGUGGCCACAUGCUGUCUGUAACUUUGCUAAGAAGGCAGAAGGCUGCAACCCAGAGAUUUCAGGAUCAACCAUGAUUUCAAGAUUAGCAUUCAAAGUGCGACCUCGCUAUCAUUUUUCUGGUUUGGAAGGUGUAUACUAUGAACGUUUACCAUACAGGAACCACAGAGUGUUGAUUGAACCAGCACGUCAUGUCUCUCGCUUCUUUGGAUUGGCAAACGUAGGAAAUUCUGAGAAACAGAAAUGGUUGUAUGCCUUUAACAUCACUCCUAUGGCUCACUGUGAUACAGCAGAGCUCACAAAGCAGCCAACUGAUAUCUCUGAGUGUCCAUACUCGGAUGCUAAUGUUGCUCACCAGACAAAAGAGAAUGUAGCACAAAGCUGUGGAGCUCAAUUUUUCUAUGACAUGAAUACUAAGCCUGGUGAUGAUAAAAGAGGAAAGAAGAGGAGAGGUGAUGGAGAUGAAAGUGGAGAAAGGAGACGGAUGCCACCAAAACCUACUGGUCCAUGUUGGUUCUGUCUGGCCAGUCCUGAGGUAGAAAAACACUUAGUGGUGAGUGUAGGAAACCAUGUGUACUUGGCAUUGGCAAAAGGUGGGCUUGUUCCUGAUCACCUACUCAUUCUGCCCAUCACCCACUUUCAAAGUACGCCAGACCUGGAUGAAGACUGUAGAGAAGAAGUAGAAAAGUUCAAGAAAGCAUUAACAAAAAUGUUCAAGAAGAAGGGCAAGUCUGUAGUAUUCUAUGAAAGGAACUACCGGUCACAGCAUCUACAAGUUCAGGUUAUCCCGAUACCUGCAGAAGCUGCCUCUCACGUCCAGGAGAUAUUCACAGAUGUUGCUGAAAGUAAUGGUAUUGAGGUGGACGAAAUUCCAAAGUUAUCCGAUAUUUCUCAAGUGGCUCCAUCGGGGACACCAUUCUUUUAUGCUGAACUUCCCACUGGAGAAAAACUUUAUCACAGGGUCAGAAAAAAUUUCCCCCUUCAGUUUGGCAGGGAAGUGUUAGCAAGUCCCCCAAUACUGAAUGUACCAGAACGUGUUGACUGGCGUGAGUGCAAGAGUUCUAAAGAAGAAGAAACAAAACUACGCAACAAAAUUCGUGAAACAUUCCAGCCAUAUGACUUCACUUUAGAAGAUGAUGAUUGAUUAAUUUUUUCUUUAUUUUUAUUUUAUGGCGUCUGAUGAACAACUCAACAUUGUUCACUGCUCAGACUUAAAACACAUGUAAUAGUUAUUUUGCAUUGAAUAAGUUUCAAAGUGUUAGGGAAUAAAAUGACUCAGGCUCUUGUCUGUAUAAAGUGUCUUAUUGUUAGCAUGAGUAAUUUUACAAUACAGUUAACCCUCACUUUACGCGGUCCCGCAUUCCGCGUUUCCACGUUUACGCGGUGCCUUGCCAGAACCUCACGUGCUCACAUUACGCGGUACGUGAACCCCAU